AUGUCAGCCACUAACAACAUUGCCCAGGCCCGGAAACUGGUGGAGCAGCUCUGCAUCAAAGCCAGGAUCUAGUGAAUCAAGAUCUCCAAAGCCUCAUCAGAACUCAUGAGUUACUGUGAGCAGCAUGCCUGGAAUGACCCCCUUCUAGUCGGUGUCCCUGCCUCUGAGAAUGUUUUCAAGGACAAGAAGCCUUGUGUCAUUCUAUAG